CUCAUAAGACGUUAUGAAUGUUUAGUUUUCACAACACACUAAUAUUUUUGCACCGACAAAUUGUUUUCAUCGGUAACGUCAAGUGGUGAAAUAUUCUGUAAAAUGGCCACAGUUGACUUUGCAAAGCACCCAGUAGAUAUUCAGAAAACUGAACCUAAGCAGUCUAAAUGGCUGGAUGCCUAUCAGGACCCAGUGGCCUCACUCUACUCGUUCACCCAGUGUAUAACGCUUGCCGACAUACAGGCUGAUGGGGACUGGAAACUCAUUAUUGCGGACCUGGGCACUGGCUCCUUCAACAUGAAACUUAAAGUGUACAAAGGAACUGAUCUGUUGAGUGAGAACACGAUUAUUGACCUUCCUACUGGUGUAGUCACCUUCUACAUGGACACUCAUGAGCCCAGGACACCUGCCAUUGCCGUAGCCUCUGGCCCAUUCAUCUACAUCUACAAGAACCUGAAACCCUACUUUAAGUUCACCCUGCCUCCAUUGGAGGUGCACCAAGUGGAACAAGACCUCUGGAACCAAGUCAAGGAAGGAAGGAUCAAUGUGUACGUGUUAAGGGAAAUGCUUGAAGGGUUAAGAUCUGAAGGCACAACCCUGACAGUGCGCUCCCUGCGCUACCUCCAACUCUCAGAUGCGGGGGACCUUGUGCAGUUCUGUGAGGUCUACAAGAACUCGCCACUCAAGCGACAGACAGUGAUCACAUGUCUCAACACUCUCAAGAAGUCCAUGGCCGAUGAGGACGCUAUUAGCUGUCUAGUGCUGGGGACAGAGGAUAAGUCAAUAUACGUCCUGGACCCAGAGGCAUUCACCAUUCUAGCCACAAUGAGCUUACCAAGUGUUCCCGUUUUUCUCAGUGUCACAGGAAUGUUUGACGUGGAGUACCGGAUUGUGGUGGCAUGCCGCAAUGGCACCAUCUACACUUUGCGAAGAGGUCAAGACGAUCCAGUGAAGAACUGCAUUGAGCUGAGCUCCCAGAUAGUCGGUAUGGAGCGCCUCAACAAGACCAUCUAUGUGGCCUGCAUGGACCAGACUGUCAAGUGCUUCUCAUCAAAGGGUAAAAAAUUGUGGACAGUAAAACUGCCAAAGUCCAUCACAACGUUGGAAGUAGUGGACUACAAGCCAAAAGGAUUUAAGGCAGUUCUGGUUGCCCUGUCAAGUGGAGAAGUGCAUGUGUACAAGGAGAAGUAUUUGGUGGAUGUAAUCAAAGUGGACGAUGUUGUCACGGCGAUGAGGUUUGGCAGAUUUGGACGGGAAGACGGAGCACUUGUCAUGGUAACUGCAUGUGGAGGUCUUCAGAUAAAGAUCUUGAAAAGAACGGCCACCUUUGAGGAAAGAGACUUUCAAGGGGGUCCUCCUGCUGCACAGAAUAUCAAAUUAAAUGUCCCAAAGAAGACUAAACUGUUUGUUGACCAGACAUUGAGGGAGCGGGAGAAUGCAGUCACCAUGCACCGCACGUUCCAACGGGACCUGUACUUACUACGACUCAACACGGCUCGAGCGUAUGCCAAGGCCCUUAACCAAAGCAUGAACCCCAUCUCUACCAACCCCAAUGAGCCUCUGAAGCUUUCUGCCCAGGUACAAGGUAUAGGACCAACAUUUAAGAUGACAGUGAAUCUUCAGAAUACGUCCUUGAACAACGCUUCAACAAACCUGCACAUAACGUUUGACUAUGAUGAGAAGUUGUACAACUUCAGGAGGACUUACAUUCCAGUACCAAUGCUCGUGCCAGGCUUGAGCUAUGCUUUCGAGACCUACAUUGAAUGCCUGAAUGACAAAGGCAUCUCAGACACUGUCAAGGUGUAUGUGUUGAAAGACUCAACAAGUGUUCCAAUCAUUACUGGGGUGAUAAGUAUGCCAGUAAGUGAGACCCUUGUGGUUGUCUAGGAAACAAUGUGAUAUUUCAGUGUUAUUGCAAUUGACUUAUAUAUGUAUGGUGGAUCAAUGAGGAAUUUGGAUGAACCUGAUCUGCAAAGCAAAAUGUUUACCAGUAUUUCUGAGGACAACAGAAACAUAAGGUUGAUCUAUGAAAGUUUCUGUGUUUUUGUAAAAGUUAAUUGUGAAAGAUUUUUUUUUGGUAAGCUUCAUUUAUCAUAUUAUUCUUUUUCGGUCAUCAUAAAUGUAAAAGUAUAAUUGUGUACAUCCUUAUCAAGUCUUUUGUUUUUUCAAUGAUAUAUAUAUCGUGUCAAUCUGUGUAUGUAACAUUGUAUUUAAGAAUAAUUUUGGCUCUUACAUUCAUUAAAUCACAACUUAACCUUUUAUAUUAAUAUAAACAUGCUAAAAUAUUUUUUUUCAAAGAUUGCAAACAUUAAACAAAACUUAUUAGGUUAAAAAAAUACAUGCUCUAUAUUCAAACAAGCAAAAUAUUACUUCUAAUUUUUUUUUAUAAAUAUAUGUUUGUAUACUGAUUAUUCUUAUUUGAAAUCGGAAAAAUAAUUGAUAGUUUGUAACACUUUUCAUUGAUACUGUAGCAAAACAGUGUAUUACUGACAAAUUACCCUCACAAUUAAAAAGCCUUUGUAGUGAAGUGGUUGCAUUUUAGCUUUUGUUUCUAGAAGCACUGGUCUUGAACCCCCGGGCAGUUGCGUUUAUGUAUUGAUAUUGUUAUUAUUUAAAACUGUCAAUUAUUACAGUUGUGAGAUUGAAUUCAUGUUGUAUAUAUUUUUCAAAAAAUAUGGACAUCUGUGAAAAAGUAUUUUGAAAUAAACUAAAUUGUAUACUGAAUAAUAAGACAUGAAGUCAUUUUUGUCUGUGCUAUUUUAAAUUAUAUUUUAUAUGUUUCAGAGACAUUUCUCUUGCAUCACUGUUAUAAUAAUAAUUUGUUCACAAACCUUGAUAUCCUUUGGGCUGAAAGUAGUUUUGUGUCCGCCCAUUUAAUGUUUUUUUAAAUGUUUAUCUUUUUUUUAUGGUUUAAUACUGAGUGUGUGUAUUUAUUGAACACUGUUCAAUACUGAUGUGUUUAUUUAUUGAACACUGUUUUGACUAUGUGAAUGAAUAAAUGAAAACAAAGAGAA